CGCGCUAUCUCUGGUUAAUUGAAAGUUUAACUAAUCUCAUAUAGUUGAAUUUGUGCAAUUUGAUGUUGAUCAAUAAUGGGAUCGAUGGAGCUGGGAGUUUGGUCUGUGUGGUUAUGUAUAUGAAUAUGGACCCCAGGAAUCUCUUCCUCCUCCGCUCCAUCGUCACCAAGCCCGAACUCCAAUCUCCCGAGGCUGCCGCAGCGGCCGCACCAGAGCCGACUCCAGAUCUCCCGCCUCGAAACCUGGUGGGCGGGGCUCGGGUUCACUUCCCCAAUCCCGAGGACGCCAUCGAGGUGUUCGUCAAUGGGUAUCCUGUCAAAAUCCUCAAGGGGAUGACGGUUCUGCAGGCUCGUGAAAUCGCCGGGGUUGAUAUCCCGAGGGAAGAUGGUCGUUUUGCCAUGCCUGCUCUUCCUGGUUUUUAAAUCCGCCGGCGGAGGGGAGAUGGUCGAUGGAGGAGGGUUGGGCAGGCGGCAGGCGGCAGGGAGACUGGGAGAAUGGGAGAAUGGUCGAUUGAGGGGCUCGAUUGGGGUUUUUGCGGAAGAGGAGGGCGGCGUAGUUUUAGGAUUGAA